UAUCCGCCUCUUCUCUCUCGGUCAGAUGGGACAUUUUCCGUCCUAGACGAAGCUCUCGCUCUUUCUUUCUCUCCCCCUCCAGGCGCUAGGUUUUCGAGAAAGAAAGAAUUGAUCGACGACGCGGCGCGCGAUCGAUCGCGCCGGUAUGUCCAUGGCAUUCCAUGCGUCGAGGCGCCGCGGCCAGCGCUAGCAUCGCCGCUCGCAAGAUCAAGAUCGAGCAAUGGUAGGUUAUCCAGGGAGAAUGUGAGUGGAUUCCAGCUCCUAGAUGUUGAUUUGUGUGGAAUCGUCAUCGUUUCGCUGCUAGGAUCUUCGUCGAGGACGAUUUUUCGCCGUGUAGAACAUGGAUAGAUGGAUUCUAACAAGGAGGACCACAACUAUACCGGGAAUCACUGGACCAGCAGCUACGCAGCAGCUCUAGUGAAUUCAUCCACCUCCAGCGAUUAUGGAUCCGCGGUGGCGGUGAGUAGUAGUCUUCCCGAAGCGGUGGAUUCCUUGCAGAAUUUCGAUGCUAGACUGCUCCAACAAAUCAAGGCUCAGCAUGCAGUAGAGUCCGGGCUACUCCAGCCUUGGCAGCUCCAAAGCAUUAGGCCUCAAACUCGCUACGAUCACCACCAGCACUACUACUUCCAGCUCGGUGGCAAGAGUUUGCAACCUCCAGUGAAUCAUCCAGCGGCUUCCCAGGCUCAACCGUUUGGAUUUCCAUUCCUUGAGACGCAGUUCCAUGAGAACGAAACUACGUCAUCAUCGAUGCCAGCUCUGGGCGAUGGCGGUGCUACCUCUUCAAGGCAAAGCUUGUAUAGCUCACAGGGACGUGCAGCUCAUGGAGCUCGAGGAGAUCACCACGAUCAAAACGCUCAAAGAGUUUCUUCCAGCUUCAAACAGAUGAAGCCUCGAUCCUACACGAAGGUAUUGAAGCUGGGUUCCAUUGGAAGGUCACUAAACAUCGCAAGGUUUAACAGCUACGCAGAGCUGCGAAGCGAACUAGCCAGGAUGUUUGGUCUCGAGGGUCAGCUGGAUCAAAGCUCACACUGGCAGCUAGUUUACAUGGACAAUGACGGUGACAUCCUUCUUGUAGGGGACGAUCGCUGGGAGGAAUUCGUGACCUCUGUCCGUGGCAUUAGAAUCAUCUCGCCAUCCGAGGUUGCAAUUUACACCAGCGAAGAGUACGCUGGAACACCGCUGUCGACUUGUCUAACUAAAACCCUCAACAUGCCCUAAAAUCAUAAUUAAGAAUAUUCAUAUCACUUCUUAUUGAUUGUCAUUAAAGCCCUUGUUGAGGA